AUGGCUCUCUCCGACUCUAGAAUCCUUGUUCCCACUGUCCAAAUAUUGGUGCUCCUCUUCCACUUCUCGUCCAUCCUAACCGCCCUUGCAAGCCCAUGCUCCUUCAACUUCUCUGGUAAUUCUCUGGACACACAAAACCUACGUUACGAGGGCGAUGCCUCCUUCGAUGGCACCGGCAUCGAGCUCACCAAGAACGAAGGCGACUCUUCCACUUCCUCCUUUCAACGGAAUGUAGGCAGAGUAACAUAUCGCGACCGAGUGCGCUUCUAUGAUGACGCCUCAGUCAUCGACUUCUCUACGUGUUUCUUAUUCAGGAUGGGCAGCUUCAGCGGUAAUAAUGCAAAUGCCGAUGGGCUCGCCUUCUUCCUCUCGUCGUAUCCUUCUGAGAUCCCGAAGAAUUCAUAUGGUGGCACUCUUGGUCUCUUUAGUACUUUUGGAGCCAACAAAACCAGAAAUAAUACCGUUGUGGCAAUCGAGUUUGAUAGCCAUAAAAACGUUGAGUACCAUGAUUCAAGCGACAAUCAUGUGGGAAUUGACGUCCACACCAUCUACUCCGUUGCGCAUGUGGACUUGCAAGCUAGCUUCAGAGAGCAAGAAUUUCAUGCAUGUGUUUGCUACAAUGCGACUACUAAAAAUUUGAGUGUCUCUCUUCGUAAUACCUCAGAUGCUACGAGGCAUUGGAGCAUAUCUCAUGUUGUUGACUUGAGGGAAGUCCUGCAGGAUAUAGGCGUCAUUGGCUUCUCAGCUGCAACAGGUGGAGAGACCGAGUCCCAUCACAUUCUAUCGUGGAAUUUCUCUUCCACGGGUUUGUGUCAAACAAGUCAUUCAAGUUAUAAAGCCUUGGCGUCUGCUAUCGGCGCUGGUGUCGUAGCAUGUGGGCUUGUUUUUGUAUGUGUUUUCAGAUAUCGCCAAUGUAAGAAGCGCAGCACAGCGACGGAACAAGUGGAGAGGGUUAUCGAUUCAUUAAUCGAUGAUGCAUUUCAGAGAAGUGGCGGGCCAAGGAGAAUUCCUUCCAGUGUACUCGUGAGUGCAACCAAAAAUUUUACGGAGGAGGGGAAGCUUGGGGAGGGAGGAUUCGGGGGGGUCUUCAAGGGAGUAUUGCAUGGCUCGAAUCUUGAAGUGGCCGUCAAAAGGAUAUCUAGAGGUUCCAAGCAAGGGACCAAAGAAUACUUGUCAGAAGUCACCAUCAUAAGUCGGCUAAGGCAUCGCAAUCUUGUGCAGCUGGUUGGCUACUGUCAUGAAAAGAAUGACCUGCUGCUUGUCUACGAGUACAUGCCCAACAAAAGUCUGGAUUACCAUCUAUACCAUAAGGAGAAUUUGCUUGCAUGGCCGGAGAGGUAUAAGAUUGCUUUGGGAUUGGCCUCGGCGCUGCUCUAUCUUCAUGAGGAGUGGGAGCAGUGCGUAGUCCAUAGAGAUGUGAAGCCAAGCAACGUGAUGCUGGAUUCAGAAUUCAACGCUAAACUGGGAGAUUUUGGAUUGGCAAAACUUGUGGACCAUGACAGUGACUCCACAACGUCGACUGUGUUGGCCGGGACCUGGGGAUACAUGGCACCUGAAUAUACCUUCACAGGUAAAGCUUACAAAGAGUCUGAUGUCUACAGCUUUGGAGUGGUAAUAUUAGAAAUUGCCUGUGGUAAAAAGCCUAUUGCAUUAAAUUAUGUUGAAAUGGAUUUGGUAAAGUGGGUGUGGGAGCUUUAUGAAAAAAGGAUGCAUCUGAGUGCAGCCGAUGAAAGGUUAAAGAUGGAGUUUGAUGAGCUACAAAUGGAGUGCUUGCUGAUUGUUGGGCUAUGGUGCACUCAUUUGGAUUACGAGCUAAGGCCAUCAAUAAGGCAAGCCAUCAAUGUUCUGAAAUUUGAUGCUCCACUACCGACUUUGUCAACUGACACGUCUCCGGUCAGUUUUUUACGUUCUCCUCCAGUUGAAAUAUCUGAUAUUUAUACUAGCCACUCUAGUAUUCCAAACUCAAUCAAGUCAGAAGGCUGA